AUGCGUGUCGCUGAAUUGAAGUUACAUGCAAACGAGCAGCCCGACGGACCAGCUGAUUUGGUAACUCAUCUGAGCAACCAACGAGCAGUACCAGAUCAUGUGUUGGUAGCAUCCAUUGAGCAGCAAGAGUCUAUUGCUAGCAAUGUAUAUCAAAGUCCUAAUGGCACAAAGUAUUGGACACCAAAUGUUCCUCCUGAUUUAAAACCGUAUGAAGCAGCCAGAUUCCGAACUAUUGAUGAAGCAGUUGGUAUGUAUGAGCGUUAUGCAGAGAGGGCUGGUUUUUCGACCCGUUUGGGUACGUCAAAGAGAGAUAAAGCUAAAGGAGUAUUCAAACUCCGGUACAUUUUGUGUUCUAGAGCUAAUAAGCCCAAAGACCAGGUAGCGGGUAAAACUAGUUCUCCGAAACGAUGCCGUAGUAUAAAAGCUACAGAUUCACCUGAGAACUUAGAUUUAUCACGCAAGAAAAGGAAGCUAGACUUUGCGGCUAAACAGUUUAUUGCUGAUUGUCGCAAUGCUAACAUUGGUCCGACGAAAGCACACAAUAUAUACGUUGUUUUAAAGGGAGGUCACCAAAAUGUUCGUGGAACGACUACCGAGUUUAAGAACUUUGGAAGAGAUAUCCGGGAAUUCAUUGGCGACAGAGAUGCACAAAUGGUCGUUGACAAAUUCAAUGAACGUGUGGAAAACAAGCAAAAUUACACGUUUAAAACACAUAUUGUUGAAAAGGAACUUCAGUUGAUGUUUUGGUGUGAUGGAGUUUCAAAAACAAAUUAUCACGCUUUUGGCGAUGUAGUGGCAUUUGAUGCAACGUACGAUAUGAUAUUUGUCCCCUUUACCGGGGUUGAUCAUCAUAAGAAGUGUACAAUAUUCGGGGCUGGAUUGAUUCACAACGAAACCAUCGAGUCGUACUCAUGGCUUUUACAAAAGUUUUUAGAAGCGCACAAUGGAAAACAACCUCUUAUCAUAUUAACCGAUCAAGAUUGCGCCAUGAAGCAAGCCGUGAACAAUGUUUCUGAUAAGUCUGUACACAGACUAUGUAUGUGGCACAUCACCAAUAAAAUUCCAGCUAAGAUUAAGGGCAGUGAUGAAACGAAUGCUGAGUUAAAGAAACAGAUCCACAAACUAGUGUGGAAUGUUUACAUAGAACCCCACAGGUUUGAAAAGAGAUGGAAUUUACUCAUGUCUGAGUAUGGUUUGGAAGAUCAUGCUUGGAUGAAUGAAAUGUACGCUAUAAGGGAACAGUGGAUUCCAUGUUAUUUUCGUGAUAUACCUAUGUGUUGCCUUAUGAAGACCACUUCUCGAUGCGAAAGUGCUAAUCAUAUGUUUAAAGCAAAUUCUAGUCCCCAUAAUACGUUGGUGCAGUUCAUGCUUUGCUAUGAUACAUCGGUGGACAAGAUACGUAACAAACAACGUAAACUAUCUUAUGAGACAGAUACAACCAAUCCCGAGCGAUACAAAACAUCGUUUCCGAUAGAACGUCAUGCCAAUGAAGUAUAUACACGCACGUUAUUUUGGGAAGUUCAAAAGGAGAUUGACAAGUCUAACAGUUUGUGUUAUGUUGCCGAAAGAGGAAUGGUUGAUGGAGUUAAUACGUAUCUUGUUGCUCAUCAAGAUCACACCAAAGAAAUUGUGAAUGAGUUUAAGGUAACUUUCAACAAAAGUGAUCUUACAGUUUCAUGUGUAUGCAUGGGUUUUACCCGGGUUGGGUAUCUUUGUCGACACAUGUUUUGCGUAUUCAGGCAUCACAACAUUUUUCAGAUUCCAGCCAGAUACAUACAUCCGAGAUGGUGUAGAGAUGCUAUCCCAGCUAGUGUACACUUACUGGAGAAUAGGUUAUAUGACGACCAAAGUAGGAGUGGUGUGUUGUGGCGCGGGAUUUGUGAUAACGUGAACAUGUGUAGAGACAGGGUGCGUGGCAAUAUUGAGAAAUUACAAGAGUUAAGUGACCAGAUUCAAGCUAUUAAAGAUAAGCUUUUUAGCGAGAUACCGUACGAUCAUUCAAUCAAUAAAAAGGAUGUUGUGAUAGAGGAUGUAAUUGCGCAUAAACAACCAGCUGAGGUUUCUUGCACGGCCCCGCGGAAAAUACGCAACAAAGGAUGUGGAAAGCAUAAACGAACAGUUGGUCCCGGUGAGAAAGCAAUCAAGAUUAGUAAAAAAAAGAGAAGGAAAUGCAAUUUCUGCGGAAAACUCGUAAGGGGCCAUGAUAAGAGGAACUGCCCGCUAAAAAGGGGAAGCCGGUUAAGGAUGACUCGUCAACCGACAAAGAAGAUGAGAUAUACGAAGAUGAAGAAACCGAAGAAUCUGGCUCUGAGGAUUCUGAUGAUGAUUGGGCACAUCGUUGAUAUGGAGAUGGACUAUAUAAACAGCUCGUAUCCGAAUUUUAUUGGUGGAAGUAAGGCUCUCGAAAUUGCAAUGAAGCAAGUGAAGUCUUCUAAGGUUGCAACAGUUCAAAAGCAUAAGGAUGUUGUUGAAACCUAA